AUGGAGCAGUCAAACACGCCAACGGAAUAUUACGCUGUAUAUAUUCCGCCAUCAGAUGAUGGGAUAUGUAAUGAAGGUGCCGUAUUCGCAACCCUGAGAGAAGCAUCCAGUUUUGCGAACUCUCCGGAAAAUAAAGCAAAGGGUGCUCGUUUCAAGCGCUUUCAAAAUGAGGAAGACGCAAAAAAUUACGCCGAAAAUGGUGAUAUAUUUUGCAAAAGCCCAGAAACAGUCAAAAUUCAGCCUAUAGGGGAGCCAAGUUCAUCUUUCCCGUCCGUCUCACGUGUCAUGUUCAAUCGUUUGAAAAAGUCAAUCGAAUUAAAGGACGAUGGAUCAUUCUUGGCCAUGGCUUUCCAAAAUCCGCGUUAUCUAAUCAAUAUCGGAAGUGAUACGCCAACAAUUGUAGUCGAGGGUUUUCGUUAUAAUGCUAUGCAUCUGGCUGCUAAAGUUGGCAAUUUAGAUGUUGCUAAAUAUGUUCUGAGUCUUAUCUGUGACACUGAAACAUUACUUACUUUAUAUGGGACAUCGGAAGAUGAUGUUAGAAUGCGCUCACGUAUACUUCUGGAUUGUUAUCUCAAUAUGCCGGACAAGGGUGCACACGAUACACCACUACAUUUCGCAUCUAAAUUUGGACACCUUCAUCUUGUUGAACUGCUUCUGAGUUACAAUCUGUGUCAGAAAAAUCCCAUAAACAAGAUGGGUUUAACUCCUGCUCAGAUUUGUUGCACGAGAUAUGCUGGCGAUGAUAAGGAAGGUCUCAUUAGUGCAAUGUUGCCGCUUUUCGUGUCUUUCUUCGUUGCACUUUAUCGUCCAACGGAUAAUUAUUAUUCAGUAAUUAUCCAACUUCUCGAUGAAGUACCGCCUAAUACACUUCCAAAUGAUGGACCUGGAUCUUCGGUAUGCUUGUCAGCUUUGGAAACAUGCGAACUUGCUGCUUACGCUGGACCGUUCUCUGAUAGAGCUGUGGCACAGAAAUUUUAUGAAACAUGGAAAACGGAGGAAAGAGAUUCUCGUAGAUCAUAUCCUCGAAAAGGAGCUGAACGUGUUGGGCGACGUCUUGCUAAUGAAAACCAAGUAAUUUGGAUGGAGCGCUGGAAUUUUUGCAAUAAAUUACUUGAUUUUCAGUCUUGCGCUGGACUUGAGGAAUUAAAUAGUUAUCUUGUGAAUAUCAAAUUGAAUCCACCGCCAUACUCAGUUUGCAUCGUUCACCAUGACGACUCUACUGUUUUUUCGGAUGCUUCCGAUGUCAUGCUUCCGAAGGAUUCAGGAAGUGAAAACGACACAUCUGAAACCGAUGAUUCACACAGCAUAUCACUUAGUGGAAUAAUAGACAAGUUGGCAGAUCUUCAUUUGGAUUCGUCAUCUUCAUCAUCAUCAUCAUCAUCACCUGACGUAGUUUUGAAUUCAGGCGACUAUGCGUCUAAGGACAAUGUUGAAUUUGUAGAUAAUGUUGUGGCUUCCGAAUCAAUGUUGUCUUCAGAAUCAAGUGUUGUCACUUCAUCUGCUCAACAUGAACAGACUAGCAGUAGUGGCAACCGAAAUAACUUUGCUAGUUUUGAUUAUUACACACCACCAUCGUCGCCAGAGCCGAUCUAUAUUUAUGAAGGGAUUCCAUCGAAGGAUGAUGAGGAACUAGCAAUUGCGCUUUCCUUUGUCAAUCCGCAGCUGAUUCAGCGUUUUGGUGUUGUUGCGGAAUAUUUGCGACAUUUAAACAGCGUGCCGGAAUCGGAGCGCUCCCAGUGGCCAUUCACCGAUUCACCACGUGCCAAAAAACGCAGAAUGUAA